CAAUGUAUGCCUAUUGUGUGCCUAAUAUCAUAACUCUCCCUUUUCCCUCUGUCUCUCUGGGGUGCAGAAUACACAUUGCGGGUUAGUUUCUUUAGUUUUGGUUAUUUUGAAAUGGCUGUUGUGUACAAAACGAAAUCAUUUUUGUCGUUAACAGGCAGAGUUGUAAACAAGGCUGUAAGCUUCAUUGUCUUCUCUUUUUUAGACCUUCUUGAUUUCGUUCUAUGUUUUGUUUACAAAGUGGCGGAUUUCUUCAUCGAAGCUGAAUGCAAGCCUUGUUAUUGCUCCUCAGCAAAAGAAGCCAUCACUAGCAGUGGCAAAAUCUUAGUAUCUGAACAAGGUGAAUCAAAAAUUGUUCGCCUUACUUCUACCAAGUUACAUCUAGAGGAGAUUUCAGAUACUCUCUACACACGACCUUCCUUGGUGUCUGAGGUCUCAAAAUUAACUGUUAAUGAGCUAAAGAGGCUCAAGGUUGACGGCACUAUCAUUCAAUCUUGUGAGAAGAUCAAGAUUGAAAUGCUACAAGGAAAGAUCGGAGGGCAGCAAUUUCAUCCUAUUCCGAGAUGGUCCGAUUGUGAUUGUAAAUUCUGUAAUUCUUGGACCUCGUGUAGCAGAGAUACCCUCUUUGUUAAAGCCGAAGGACGAAAAGAUCACAAGGCACGAGAAGAUGUGUUGUUUAUUCAUGGGUUCAUUUCAUCUUCAGCAUUUUGGACGGAAACAUUAUUCCCCAACUUCUCAACUGCUGCAAAAUCAAAAUAUCGGUUAUUUGCCAUUGAUCUUCUAGGAUUUGGAAGGAGUCCUAAACCAACAGACUCCCUCUACACUCUGAGAGAGCAUUUGGACAUGAUUGAAAAGUCUGUGAUUGAACCCAAUAAAGUUAAAUCCUUCCACAUUGUAGCUCAUUCUUUAGGCUGUAUUUUAGCUCUUGCUCUGGCUGUAAAAUACCCUAAAUCCAUCAAGUCCCUCACCCUCCUUGCACCACCAUAUUUUCCAGUACCAAAGGGCGAACAAGCCACGCAGUACAUGAUGAGAAGGGUAGCUCCAAGACAAGUUUGGCCAUUAAUAGCUUUUGGGGCAUCGAUGGCUUGCUGGUAUGAGCACAUUUCUCGGACAAUCUGCUUGCUCAUUUGCAAGAACCACCGUUUGUGGGAAUUUCUCACCAAACUUGUCACCAGAAACAGAAUAAGGACUUUCUUGCUUGAAGGCUUCUUUUGCCACACACACAACGCUGCAUGGCACACCUUGCACAACAUUAUUUGUGGCACCGCCAGCAAGCUUGAUGGAUACUUGGAUGCCGUUCGCGACCACCUGAAAUGUGACGUCCACAUCUUCCACGGCAGAGACGAUGAACUUAUUCCGGUGGAAUGUAGCCACAAUGUUCAGUCAAGAAUCCCUCGUGCUAAGGUUAAGGUUGUUGAAAACAAAGAUCACAUUACGAUUGUUGUUGGAAGACAAAAGACUUUUGCCAGGGAACUGGAGGAGAUUUGGAAGGGAUCAUCAAGCGGCCAUCAUUCUGCUUCUUGUGAUUAUACACAAAAUCACCAAUAAAUUAUUUUAUAUAUAUAUAUAUAUAUAUAUAUGGAAUAGGAUGGAUAUGGAUAAAAAGCUAGCCUGAAAUUAGCAGGUUUUCUAGCUAUUUAAUUUUAUUUCAAAUGUGAAGUCCCACUUAGGCUUUGUCUUUGUGAGGUUCUUGUCCACUACAAUUCAGGUGUGGAAUGCCUAGUUAUGAAAUUGUGAAUUUGAUAAAUCAAACAAUCUUUUUCUUAUAAUUAAUUGU